UAUGGCGCUCAUUCGAUGAAGAAUAGCGCUAUUGUGAAUUUCGCUCGUUUAGAUUGUUCACAAUAGUAUAUUUCUGUCAGCUGAGAAAGAAAAACCGAGUUGAUUAAAACGUAAAACUAAAUAGUUUACAAAUUUGUCUAAAUAAAAAUAAAUUAAAAAGAAAACGAGUUGAUAAGAACUUAAUGAAAAUGAGUACGGCGGAGUUGUGGUUUGGCGAUUCAUCAGAAGAUGAAAGCUUAGUGGAGCUGGCCAGAAAUAGGAAACGGUUGAGGGACGCUUCCAACCCCUUAGAAAUUGAUUCCACUGCAUUUAUAAAAAACUUCCGAGUAUCUAAAGAGGCGUUUGUGGACGUGCUGACCACUACAGAAGACCUGCUGAAUCAAUGCACCCGAGCGAAAUCUAUUCCGCAUGUUUUAAAGCUAGCAACAGUUCUGCGAUUUUGUGCUCAGGGAUCGUACCAACUUAGCAUUGGCAAUGAAAAUAUACUUGGACCUGCACAGCCCACGGUGUCUGUGGUGCUAUCAGAAGUGCUAGAUGUUCUGGAAAGUUUUAUUUGCCAAAGAUGGAUAAAAUUCAAUUACACAGAGGCUGAACUGCAACAAGCAAAAUCACAUUUUUAUAACAAAAGUAGAAUUCCAGGAAUAAUCGGCUGUGUUGAUGGUACACACAUUAAAAUUGUCGCACCUAGGAAGGAACUGCAGCAUUUGUAUUAUAACAGAAAGGGAUUCUUCAGCAUGCUAUGGUUGUCUGUGAUCAUACAAUGA